UUAACUUCUCACGCGCACGGCAGACCCCCAGUGACGCAGUCCGCUCGCGAGGGAGGGAGCGUGUUCAUCCAGGCUACUUCAUAUGAGUGUGACCGGGAGCGAGAGUGUCAGAGAGCAGGAAGUCAACAAACAGAAGAAAAAGAAGUUGUAGAAACAGAAGAGGAAGGAUGAGGACUUUUCAGGUACACGCUCAGAUCCACGUUUUGCCUCGCGCAGCCUCCAGCAGUGCGCAGACUCAGAGCAGCGGCAGCAGCAGCAGAAGAAGCGGAGCCAUGAGCGCCCUGAGCCCGGCCAGCGUCACCCUCACAGCCCUGCUCAUCCUCUGCAUCCCCGUCUGCACAGGUGCUCCAGCAGAACUUUAUCAAACCACAAGAACUCAGAGGCAGUUCCUCAGCCAGAUAGACGCCGUGUGCUCGUCCUACCUCUCUGCAGACCUGAAGAUGUGGCCGUCUGAUGUGCUGGGAGAGCUCUGCGUGCUGAUGCUCAUCCAGAAGUCAAAGGAGCUCAAAGUGAGAGAAAGUAGUAAAAGGGCCGAGCUUCAGGGCCCAGGAGGAAUCCAGAGCAGAGGUUACUUCCUCUAUCGGCCACGAAACGGAAGACGAUCCUUAGAAGAUAAGUAACUCAAAGAGUCCAGUCUGAGUGUACAGAAAGCACACACUGAGACCCCGAGACCUGAUCCGCAUCUCCUCGACCAACUGAUCCGCC